UUUCACAUCACAAUCGAUACACACAAUUUAUUUCUUCGUCGCCAGUAGCACUACAAACUAACAUAAGCCCCAUAUUGGAUCGCGCUGGGCUAGCCUCGCUGGACUACCCCCAGAAUUUAAGCAAUACCAGGAGCUGGAAGCAAGAUGUGUAGUCGUCCGUCCUGCAAGUUUAAUGAGACCUUCGCGUUGCGUGAGGAGACCACGGACAGUGAUUGCAGUUAUGGGGGCAGUAGCUUCAGUUUCGACAGCGAGUACGAGAUGAAUAGUAAUAGUAAUAGCAACAAAAACAACAACAACAACAACAAUAAUAAUAACAAUAAUGACGACGACAACAACAAUACAAAUAAUGACAGCUCCGUCCAGUUGUUAACUGAGAAGCCCGAGAAGCAACAACAAUCUGAGCAAAAAAAAUCAUUUCAAGCUGACAUUUCAGUGAAGAAUUCUGAAUCUAUUCGAGCUGAGAAACCUGAGAUGAUUUCAUCGGAGCUAUUCAACGAAAUGGGACAAACGGAAGAGACCAACCCACAGGGUGCGCCCACCAACGAGUUACCAAACUUUCGCGAAUACCGCCUCUUUCCAUCGCUCUACAACGAGCCAGGCUGCCUGCCCACCUUCAACGAAGUCUUUGGCGAGCACAUUCGGUUCGGUCCUUCGAAUGAGGAGCAGCCGACCUUUGCCUCCAACAACCUGCUGUCCGAUGGCUACGGACUCACAGGACUUCUCUCAAACAUACGCACAGCAUUCCGUAGCGACAACUCCGCCUCCCAGCUGGUGCUGGGUGAGGAGCUCACCACCUAUGGCCUAGACUUGGCCGCCCAGGGCGACAUCUAUGUACACUUCAAUGGACCCUUUACGCAGCAGCCACCCGAUCGGAACUCGAAUAGUUGCGCUCUCGAGCUGGGGAUGCGUGCCAUGCGCGAUGCCAUAGAGAAGAACCCCCCCAAGUCACCUACCUGGGAUCCCUUUGUGCCCGAAACACGCAACCUGGGCAUCAUUGGGCAGGAAGACUACCAGAGUGGUAAGAAAAUAUGGCUACCCAAGCAAUAGACGAUCCUACUCCAAUCGCUGUUGCUGUCACGUUUCAUGCUGGGGACGUCUAUUGUUUUUUAAACUCAGGAGGCUGUUUAGCCGGACGGCCGAAAACGUACAAAUUUAAGUGUAGUAUUCAAAACAAAACCCGGAGGAUAGAGCUGUCGUGUGUGUGUGUGUGUGUGUGUGUGUGUGUGUGUGUGUGUGUGUGAACAAAGUCUCCAAUAUGUAAAAUGUGCGUGCAUUGUCUAAGAAAAUACUAAAAUACUGCGAUAUAUAUACCAAA